AACCAUGGGUUCUAGUUGUUUCAACACAGUAAAUUUGUUCACUGGAAGGUUUCUUCUGGACAUUUGUGAAUUUUUAAUUAAUUGAAAUGUUCAAAGUAGACGACUCAGUGCUAGAAAAAGUGACCGAAAUCUUCGGUAGAGACAAACCUGGGGCAGACGAAGACAUCGCCACAAUUGAAAAAUGGAUAAACGAACAACCACAUUUUUUGGAAACUUUAGAUCGAAGGAGCAUUCUCAAUUUUCUAAUUCUCAAUAAGUUCAGCGUCGAAAAAGCGAAACAAAAAAUCGACAAUUAUUACACAACCAGGACUAAACUGGAAGAAAUUUAUAAAGAGAUGGAUCCGAAAUAUCCACAUAUGAAAGAAGUUAACGAAAUCCUAUACUAUGUUCCACACCCUCAACUACUCGACUAUCACCGAGUAUUUUUCAUGAAGAUCCGUAACGCAGACUUAGUGAACAAGUUAGAUGUUCACAACCUUCUACGUUAUAUAGUGAGUAUACACGAAAUGAGAAUGAGGGAAGAUGUCAUGUAUAAAGAUAUAAGUAUUGUGGAUUUUCAAAAUGUUCCUUUGACGUUUUUUUUUACGUUGACACCGACUUUUAUGAUAAAAGCUCUACAAAUGAUUUAUCAGCAAAUUUAUUCUUUCCGACUGAAAGCCUUUUAUAUUGUUAACUUUCCUUCGUUUGGAGAAAUGUUGGUGCGAAUUGUACAAAAGGUCGUAAAACCUAAGAUUUUUGAAAGGAUGCACAUUUUUGCUGACACCAGUUUGCUUCGGGAAGAGUUUUCUGAAGAAUUUUUGCCUGAGGAUUUUGGUGGGAAAGGAAUAUCGCUUGAGAAACUACAAGAAAUGUUGAAUGAUGAAUACGACAAACACAGUGACUUUUUUCAAUACUUGAAAAAAUUUAAGGUUGAUGAAAGUCGUCGGCCAGAAAAACUAGAAAAUGAUGAUGUUUUGGGGUUCUAUGGGAAUUUUAAACAACUGGACGUGGAUUAAUCGGCAAUAAUUGUAUUCGUAUUUAGACUUAUUUUGUUUUCGUACAGGAUUUACAGGGUGAUUUAGAAUUUAAGAACAUAUAUAACCUAAAUCAGGUGAAAAGGUUCCAAAAAUAGUCAGGACGUUACAAAUUGGAAUUGUUUUU